AUGAAUAUUCUCACAGUUUGUGUGGUCCUGCUUCUAAGUUGUCAUGUGGGUGCCUUCUACUUGCCUGGGGUGGCACCUUCAGAGUUUGUCAAAGGGGCCCUAGUUGAAGUCAAGGCUGUCAAGUUAACAAGUACCAAAACACAACUUCCCUAUGAAUAUUAUUCUUUGCCGUUCUGCACACCCAAUGAAGGAAUACAUUACAAAAGUGAAAAUUUAGGAGAAGUACUUCGUGGAGACAGAAUUGUCAACACCCCUUAUAAGGUCGAGAUGGCUGUUGAUGUCCCCUGCAGGGCACUUUGUUUUAAAGCCUCUGAGAAAAAGUAUGAGCACAAGACACUUAGCAAGGAUGAAGCUAAGGAGUUUGCUGACAAGAUUCGCCAUGAUUACUAUGUUCAUCUGAUUGUGGACAACUUACCUUGUGCAACACCUAUUGUAAUGCCUGAUGGACAAACAAUAUACGAGCAUGGCUACAGACUAGGCUCUGUCAGUGGCAAUGAUGUAUAUCUCCAUAACCAUCUUCACAUGGUUUUGAGUUACCAUAAACGAGAAGAUGAAAAUUACAGGGUAGUUGGAUUUGAAGUGAAACCAAAAAGCUUUGCCUUUGGAGAAAUUGUUGUGAACCAAGAAACUGGAUUUUGCAGACUUUCUGAUCCCAAAAAUCCUCAGAAGAUUGAUGAGAGUGAAGAGACAAAAGUGUGGUUUACUUAUUCUGUUGAAUGGAAGAUGAGUUCAGUGAGCUGGGCAUCAAGAUGGGACAUAUACCUGGCUAUGAGCGAUGUACAGAUUCAUUGGUUCUCCAUUAUCAACUCUGUGGUGGUGGUUUUCUUUCUCUCAGGUAUAUUGACAAUGAUUAUGGUGCGGACCUUGCGAAGAGACAUAGCCCAGUACAACAAGGAUGAUGAUUUGGAUGAAACAGUGGAGGAAACUGGCUGGAAGUUAGUUCAUGGGGAUGUCUUUAGGCCGCCACGCUUCUCAAAAUUGUUGACUUCUUUUAUUGGUGCAGGCAUUCAGAUCUUCUUCAUGGCACUUAUUACCAUUGUAUUUGCAAUGCUUGGCAUGUUGUCUCCAUCUGCUAGGGGCUCUCUGAUGACUGUUGGAAUAUUCCUCUAUAUGUUUAUGGGGCUUUUUGCUGGAUAUUUUGCUGCUCGUCUUUACAAGACCAUGAAAGGACUUCAGUGGAAAAAAGCAGCCUUCCAAACUGCCACUGUGUACCCAGCCAUUCUGUUUGGAGUGUGCCUGCUUCUGAACUUCUUCAUCUGGGGGAAACAUUCGUCUGGAGCUGUACCAUUCACUACCAUGCUGGCCUUAUUGUGCAUGUGGUUUGGCAUCUCCAUGCCACUGAUUUUCAUGGGCUUCUACUUUGGCUUCAGAAAGCAGGCGUAUGAACAUCCUGUUAGAACAAACCAGAUCCCCAGGCAGGUCCCAGAACAGUCAUGGUACAUGAAUCCUGUCUUGGGAACACUGAUGGCUGGAAUCUUGCCGUUUGGUGCCAUGUUCAUUGAGCUGUUUUUUAUCUUCACUGCCAUAUGGGAAAACCAGUACUAUUACCUGUUUGGCUUCCUGUUCUUAGUGUUUAUAAUUUUGGUGAUAUCCGUGUCACAGAUCGCUGUCGUCAUGGUCUACUUCCAGUUGUGUGGAGAGGACUAUCACUGGUGGUGGAGAACAUUCGUUGUGUCUGGUGGCUCAGCCUUGUAUGUGUUUGCUUAUUCUAUCUUCUACUUCAUUACCAAGCUGGAAAUCACUGAGUUCAUUCCCACACUGCUGUAUUUUGGCUACACAAUAUUGAUAGUUUUCACCUUCUGGAUCUUAACUGGCACCAUUGGCUUCUUUGCUGCAUACUGGUUCAUCCGCCGAAUCUACGGAGCCAUAAAGAUUGAUUAA